CUGCGUGCUGGUUCCCAUUCACUCCCGCAGCGCAGCAGAUCCCCUCUCCGUGUCCUUAAAAGGCUCCAGUGGCUCCGCGGCAUCCUCUGUCACUGUGACUUGUGCUUGCCGCGGCAGUCGUGGAGUGGACUACUGGGAAGCCAAGAAACCAAAAAAUGGACCCAGUGGCCUUUGAGGAUGUGGCUGUGAACUUCACCCUGGAGGAGUGGGCUCUGCUGGGGCCUUCGCAGAAGAAACUCUACAGAGAUGUGAUGCGGGAAACUUUGAGUAACCUGGCCUUAAUAAGGGAUAAAUGGGAGGACCAUUACACUGAAGAUCAGUACAAAAACCAGGAAAGAAAUCUGAGAAGUCAUAUAUUACAGAGACUCUGUGAAAGUAAAGAAGGUAGUCAAUGUGGAGAAAACAGCAGCCUUAUUCCAAAUCUUAAUCUGAACAUGAAAAAUUCUACUAAACCAUGGGAAUGCAGUGUGUGUGGAAAAGUCUUCAUGAGUCGUUCAUCCCUUAAUAGGCACCUGAGAUCUCACACUGCACCCAAACCAUCCAAGUAUCAGGAAUAUGGAAGGAAGCCUUAUAAAUGUAGAGUAUGUGGGAAAGCCUUCAGUUAUCUCCAGCCUUUCCAAAAACAUGAAAGUAAUCAUGGUAUAGAAAAAUCCUAUAAAUGCAAGGAAUGUGGGAAAUCCUUUAGAUAUCGUCAGUCUGUUCGAAAACAUGAACGGACUCACACUGGAGAGAAACCCUAUCAGUGUAAACAGUGUGGAAAAGCCUUUCGAUACCAUCAAACCUUUCAAACACAUGAAAGAACUCACACAGGAGAGAAACCCUAUGAAUGUAAGCAAUGUGGUAAAGCCCUCAGUUGUCCCAGUUCCUUUCGAAGCCAUGAAAGGACUCAUACUGGAGAAAAACCCUAUGAAUGUAAAAAGUGUAGUAAAGCCUUCAGUUGUCCCAGUUCUCUUCGAAAACAUGAGAGAACUCAUACUGGAGAGAAACCUUAUGAUUGUAAGGAAUGUGGAAAAGCUUUUAUUUCUCUUGGAAGUUUUCAAAGACACAUGAUAACACAUACUGGAGUUGGACCUUACAAAUGUAAGGACUGUGGGAAAGCAUUCAAUUGUCCCAGUUCAUACAGAAUACACGAAAGAUCUCACACUGGAGAAAAACCCUAUGAAUGUAAACAAUGUGGUAGAGCCUUCAGUUGUUCCAGUUCAUUUCGAACACAUGAAAGAACUCACACUGGAGAGAAACCUUAUCAAUGUAAGGAAUGUGGAAAAGCCUUCCAUUGGCUCACCACUUUUCAAGUCCACGUGAGAACUCACACUGGCGAGAAACCAUAUAUAUGUAAGCAGUGUGGUAAAGCCCUCAGUUGUCCCACUUCCUUUCGAAGACAUGAGCGGACUCACACUGCAGAGAAACCGUAUGAAUGUAAGCAGUGUGGAAAAACCUUCAGUUCUCCUCUAGGUCUGCAGAUACAUGAAAGAACUCACACUGGGGAGAAACCCUAUAAAUGUGAGAAAUGUGGGAAAGCAUUCGUUUCUCUCACAAGCUUUCGAAGACACAUGAUGACGCACACUGGAGAUGGACCUUAUAAAUGUACAGAAUGUGGGAAAGCAUUUAAUUGUCCUAGUUCAUUUCGAAUACAUGAAAGAACUCACACAGGAGAGAAGCCCUAUGAUUGUAAAAUAUGUGGUAAAGCCUUCAGUUGUUCCAGUUAUGUUCAAGUACAUGAAAGAACUCACACUGGAGAGAAACCCUAUGAAUGUAAGGAAUGUGGGAAGGCAUUCAUUUACCGCACAACCUUUCGAGGUCACUUGAGAGUGCACACUGGUGAGAAACCAUAUAAAUGUAAAGACUGUGGGAAAGCCUUUAGUCGACCCAGUUCAUACAGAAGCCAUGAGAGAAUUCACACUGGAGAGAAACUUCUUGAAUGUAAGCACUGUGGGAAAGCCUUCAAUUGGCCCACAUCCUUACAUAAACAUGUCAUGAGAAUGCACACUAGAUAAAUUAUAACUGAUAAAUACAGCAGAGUUUUCUAGCUUAACACACACUUUCAAAGUCUUGUUAAAACUACUAGAGAUAAAUGCUGUAAAGUGUAAAUAACAUGGGGAAGCCUGAUGUGGAUUAAUUCACAUAUAACAGUACUCCAGAAAAUUCACAUGAAAGAAAUGUUUUAAAAGUUAAAAAUGUAUCCUCUUUAUUAGUGGCUUGUUCUGAAACUCAGCCUUUAGUUAUGGAUUCUACUUGUUAACUUUGCAACUGAAGACUGAGUUGAAACAAUUCUGUAAGAACUCUUUAAGCAAUAGUACUUAGCAAGCUUAGUGGGUAGUAUUUUUCCUUAAACUAGCUUAUAGAAUUUUUGUCUUUCCAUUUUGAAAACUGUUGGCACCAUGGGUGAACUGGAAUAUAAUGUAAUGUGCCAACAUUAUAUAAUGUGCCAAAAUAUAUAACUUUUAAAUUGUUCUGUAAGUAAAGGGGUCAUGGAAUAAUGACACUGGUAGUUGUUGGGAUUUUCCUAUUGGCUUCCUGUGGCAGGUACUGGGUAUUUCUUACCCACUGUAAAUAUUCCUCUUUCAUUAGAAAACUUUUGUCAAAAGUAUCUUUUUCCAUUUUCCUUGCUAAUAAAUAGUUGGCAUAAAGUUGUAAGUAUGCAAAGUUUAUCAUAAUCUUAUUUGACUUAGUUACACCUUUUCUCUCAACUCUUGUCAUUCCAUCUGACUGUGAUUUGGGUAAUAGGCUUCACAUUAAGAAAAGAGACCCAUGUUGACAUCACCUGCAUACUUCAAUGAAGCAGCUUUACAUUGUUUGUGAGCUUGGUUAUUUUAUAUUUAAAUUUAUAACUACAACACCUUUGCACUGUAGUGACAUUUUUUCCCCCAAGAGCACAUUAAAAAUCCUCCUACAGUAUUCUGAUAUCACCAUUUAGGGUCUCUUUUACCCAUAAUUCAGUUAGAAUAACUACAUGAUAUCUCUGAAGUCAGCUAGUGGCAUUACCAUCCCUCCAUUCAUAUUCAGCACCUACUAUGUGCCUGUGCUGUGAAUACAACAGUGAACAUAACUGAUGUGGUUUCUCCUCUCACAGGGUUUCAAGUCUAUGAGAUUAAAAAGCUAGAAAUGUCAUGCUAUUAACAUUUAAACUUUUAUUUUUGUAAUAACACUAACAGACCAGUAAGUCUUUAUAUUUGUGGAAAGAAGAGAGACCUGUGACAGGACCAUAAAACGUAGAAUUGGAGAUGGUCUCUUGGAGUGUGUUCUGUCAACAUGAGUUAAUAUGCUGUGACCUACAUUUUCUAGAACCUGUUCUUUUUAGGGUUCCAUGUUAGAAUUCACCACUAGCCUCCCUUGCAUGACAUCUGGAAAGCAAAGUGAAGAAGGCCUUAGUUUUUGAGCCACAUAGGAGUUUCAUAUAUACCUGGUUCCAGCCCGUUUUCCUGAUUCUUGGCCUAGCCAGUCCAAAGUAUCCUGGUUACCCCCACCUACAUGACUUCCCCUUUCUCAGACCUGUUCCACAACAAAGAUCCACCACAGUUUGGAUUCUCCUGUAAGUGCUCAUGUGUCCACUGGGCAACAAAUUUAAGACUGUUGUGGUUGAGAAAGUUUUGUGACGCACUGACUCCCCUCUUCUCUAUAUUGUAUUUGUAUAAGGUCUAAUUUGUGUAGAAAAUACUUGGUUCUGUUGAUCCUGCUAGUGACCGAGUGCUCCUGAUUCCACAACAAUAGCUAUGGUGGUGCACUCAGAAGGAACCACAUGAUCCUGCUGUGUGUGCCUCUGUGCGCUGCUCAGUGAUACCUGUGACCCAGUCCUUCCAUUGAGAAUGAGCACCUUCCUCUUAUCACAUAAACUGUGGCUACUUCCAGUUACUCAUAGUUAGUUGAACAUAAUUCCUCAGUACAUGUUCAGUUAUGUUUAAUUGUAUGUGACUGAAAACGAUGUUCCUUUUUUGUUUGUUUUUUAGGUCUAAUGCUUCUGUAGAUUUUUCUUAAGAGCUGUUUUAUUAACUUGCAAAAAACUGCUAUACUAACAAAUAUUAGGAUAUAUUGAAACAUCCCAUUGUAAUUGUGGAUUUUUACAUCAACUUGGUGUUUUUGUUCAGGUUAAUCGUUAAACAUUUUGACUCAGUAUUACCAUGUAUAUUUUUCUUUAGGAAGAUUUUAUUUUUCCAUAGUUACAAUUUUUUUCAUGAAAUGGAUUUCUCAUUUGUUCUUAAUUAAAGUUUUCAAUCUUUUUUUGUUAGUGCCUUCUUGCCAGAAACUACCAGGUUGAAGGGGAUAUGUGUAUACUUGUAGCUGGUUCAUUUCACUGUACCACAGCAGCUAACACAACACUGUAAAGCAACUA